UUUUCUAAAUGUUAUAUAAUUUCAGGUAACAUCAUCGAAGAUUCAAAGAGAAAGCGAUCAGUGAUCUCGAACGAUCGUGAUAGUGUUGAUCUUGAGUGAGAAUGGCUUCGACACCUUGUGCAGCUUGCAAGCUCUUGAGACGAAAGUGCACUCAAGAAUGCGUCUUUGCGCCCUAUUUUCCACCAACUCAGCCUCAGAAGUUCAUAUAUGUUCACAAAGUCUUUGGAGCAAGCAAUGUAACCAAGAUCCUCAACGAUCUCCCACCUCCAAGCCGCGAAGACGCUGUUAACUCCCUCUACUAUGAAGCCGAGGCCCGUAUCCGUGACCCAAUCUACGGAUGCGUUGGUCUAAUCUCCUUCUUACAACAAUGUCUCAAGAAAAUCCAACAAGAUCUUGUCACUGCAAAAGAAGAGCUUGCUGGUUACAUUGGACCCGAUGCUGUGAAUCCACAACAGCCUUAUCUUCCUCCUCUGGCCAAUAACCCUCCACCCAAUUUCAUGAUGGCUAUGGAAGGAAUGCCCCAUGGAGUGGUCCCUCAAGGAGAACCGUUGAUCAUGCGCGAACCAAACAUGCCUCAGCAUCAACAUCAACCGCAAGAUGAGCAGAUGCAACUCAUGGGUACUGAUGCACAUAGAAUGGCUGCAAUGAUUUUGGAGAGAGGAGACCAGCAAGGGAUGUUCAACGGUUACGGGAUAGACAACAAUGGGUCGGUUACAGCCACUGGUUUUAACCAGAUGGAUGUGAAUGAUCACACAUCUGGUGGGUCGAUGUCUGGACCAUCUCUUGCUUUAGGAAGCUUUGGUGAUGCUUAUCAAAUGGGUCACGAGACAGAGCAUCACAUCAGUCAUGAUCAGCUUCAGACACAGCUUAUGCUUCAGCCUCCAUUACAGGAAGGUCAAGAGCAAAAUGAAGGACAGUUUCUGAUGCAGCCAAUGGGACAAGAGAAUCUCCAUGAAGAAGAGGAUGAGGAAGAGCUUGAGCCACCGGUUAAGUGGAGGAAAUCUGAGAGCAAGGAAGCUAGUUAUUAAUUAAGACCAAGAAAAUAAGACAUUUUCAUUUCAUGGAUAGUUACUCUUGAGGGUCUAAGUUGCUUUUUUAAUUUAAUAAAUGGCAUUUUUCAAUGA